ACAUUACAAACCUCGCUCCACCAGCAUGUGAAUAUCCUUUACCAACUGAACCAUCACCAACUAACCUCCCAAGCACAACCAACUAUGUCAGAUUACCGACUUGUUUUGUCUUCUUCUGCACGCUGUUCUGUAAAUCUGGUAACUAUGCUGUCGAUGAAAAUGGGUGUCAGAUAUGUUCUUGCGCAAUCCAGAGUGAUUUAGGCCUACUGAAUGAGACCUGUCCAGAUGCAAGACGUCGGGCCAUUAACGAGACGCUGGAAGAGUGGGAACUUGAAAAUCCCUCACCACCAUAUCCGUGGAUACCUGAGUGUUAUUCUGAAUUCUAUACAAUGAUACAAGAAAAUCAUUUAGCAGGUUAUUUCUGCGUGGACCAAGUAACUGGGAAACCGAAUGGAAAAGAAAUGAAUGGUUGUGACACUUAUAAAAACUGCGUUUACGACAGAACGAUGGGAUUGUCAAAGGCGCUUCGAAAAGCUGGUUACAAGAAAUCUUCUAAACAGGUGAAAGCUCUUCUUAGUGGUCCUAACGCAAACGAUGUUGGUGCCAUAUGGAAUUUAUUGAACAAAGAUGAGCGUGAAAAUACCUUUACAAAAACUGAAAUAUUUGUCCCAAGAUGUAACGCAUAUGGCGAUUUCCAGGCAUUGCAAUGUAACUACGGAACGGGAAAUUGUUGGUGUGUCGAUAUAUUCGGCGCUGAAAUCGAAGGGAGCAGACGGUCUAUCAGACAACCAGUUCCUGAUUGCACGCAGUAUACAAGGCGAAGUGAUCCUGGUCCGAGUUAUAUGGAUGACAUGUAUGACUUUUCAUUUGAACUCAAUGACGAGUUUGGUAUUUAUUCUACCUUUGAGAAUUACCGGUACCCUAGUUCCUCCGAUAUAUAUUACUUCUGGACUAAAGAUGGGGUACCCGUACCGACAAUAUUAUUCGAGGAUAAAUACUCUGUUGACACGUGGUCGAGAGUCGACGGGCAGCUUACGAUUGGCCUUAGUAUAUACAACGCAACUGAAAAGGAUCAAGGCUCAUACAGAUGUAACCUAGUAAAAUCAUCUAGCGAUUACUUUUUGACAUCGCCUCCAUCUAAGGCCGAAUUCUAUAGCGUUGAUACAUCAUUCACAGACGACGACUACUACUACAGUACCAGACCUCAAUGUAACAUAACAACUUGCGAUAAGGUGUGCGCAUACGGAUAUAAACACAAAGGGGCUUGCAUACUAUGCGAAUGUUUUACGAGAGGAGAUAUAAAUUCUUCCAUAAAUAUGGAACGCAUGCGAGUUGAGAUCGUUUCUUCAUUUGGAACAAACAACGGAAGAUGUGAGGCCAAACGACAAUGGAUCUAUAAGAAUAUUAGAAGAAUGAAUUUAACAGCCAGUCCGGAGGCUUUCCAGAUUCUUGAUAUCCCACCAGAGUGCGACUCCAACGGAAAUUUUGCCAUAAUACAAAAUAUCACGUCAAUAGGGCGAGUGUGUGUUGACGACAUGAAUGGCCAACCAACAGGACGAAUGCUACCAGAUUGUAAAACACUCAGUCAGUGCUCCAAAGACGAAAUACGUGGUAUGGAGUCGCAACUGAAUUUUUUUUUGGAUGAUCCAGCGACUACAGAAGAUUUCAUCGCGGAUAUACGCCAGGUCAACAGUUUGCAACAAAAACAGAUUAUAUACUUCGACAGCCUUAUUGAUGCACCCACAUCGCUUGGAGGCAGAGACAGAAGAGGCCUACUUCCUGUUUUAAUGUGUGAGCCGAAAACUGGCAUGUAUUAUGGACGACUACAUAACUUCGAAGAAUCUCCCGAAUUUUGGUGUGUUGAUAUUUAUGGAAACGAAAUAGAAGGAACGCGAGCCGGAGUGAAUGGAACCAUGAAUUUCUGUGACGACAUAAGCCGUCACAAAGAACCUGAAACACAAUUGCAUCCAACAGAAGACGAUACUGCCCUAGUGUCCAAGAUCAACAGCACGAUAGAACUGCCGUGUAACAUAACGGCAGCAUCAAUUGAUGCUUUCGUCACGUGGGAAACGCCAAAGGGAUACCUGGAACAAAUUUCUCUAGUCGACAAACGUGUACGAAUAAUAGGAGACGGUAUCACUGACUUUACGUUGCGCAUUAAUAACCUAAGUUACAGUGAUCAAGGAUGGUAUACGUGCGUCCUUUCUAAUUACCUGUCCGGCAAUGGUGGAAGACACUCUUACAUCGUCUCAAUUACGUAUUAGACAUAGCUCUAAACCUGGGCGGCUAUAGAACGGUCCUAAGUGCGACCGUUUAACCAAGGACUUCAAGACUAUACUGUAUGUG